AUGACUUCCUCGCAGAAGCGCAUAGGCAAGGAACUACAAGAAUGCAUGUCCUCCCCCCCAACCGGAAUGGUCAUAACCCUCCCCUCCGAAUCCGAUAUCCACCACUGGACCGCGACGCUAGCCGGCCCCCCCGGCACCGUCUACAGCGGCGGCAUAUUCGCGCUCUCCAUCGUCCUACCGCCAGACUACCCCUUCAAAGCACCCCAAGUAACCUUCGCGACGCGCAUCUACCACCCCAACGUGACUAACGACAGCGUCGGGUCUAUCUGCCUGGGCAUGCUGAAGCCCGAGAACUGGAAGCCCGCGAGCAGGGUCCGCGCCGUCCUCGACGCCGUCCGCCAGCUCCUCAUCGAGCCUAACCCCGACGACCCCCUCGAGCCCCGCAUCGCCGACGAGUACAAGAAUAACAUCCGCGAGUUCGAGAAGACGGCUCGUAGUUACGUUACCCGCUAUGCUCAGCAACCUGCUAAGAAAUAG